GUCCAUGGUGACGACAGUAUUUCAUUAUAGUAUUUGCACAAAAUUUAUUUCUAUAUACUUACACAUUACAUACAGAUUUUAAUAGUGAAAAUGUCAAGAGUAAAACUCAAAAAUUUAUUAAUUCUUAUAAAUUUUUUGUUUGUAAAAUUUACUUAGAUAACAAGUCUUAAAAAAUUAAUUGAAAUAUAUAUAUAUGUAUAUAUAUUUAUAACGGUCUCUAAAAUUGAUUUAUAUCAACGAUCGAUAAUCAAUAUAAUAAUAUCGUAAAACUUAUGAAGCGGAGUUAUCAGAUCAGUCUUUUUUACCAAUUUUUCAAAUUAUUUUAUUCAAAUACCGCAACAAGAGUCUUAAAAAAUCUACUGUUUUUGUCUGGAAAUUAUUAGACAAAUUUUGUGCGUCUGGGAAAAUUAACUAAUAUGUGUAGUGACUCUACAGAAGAUACCCACGUGCAAGGAAACCCACGUGCGAUUACAUAUUACAAGCUAUAUCAGAAGAAUUUUAAAAGGAAAUUUAUAUGAUGUGAAACUCAAAGUUUAUGAAAAUCUUCAAUAAUGGCGAUAGCAAGAAUUAAAAGUUUUUUGGACACCAGUAUCAAGAAUGUAUCGGCGCCACUGGAGCGCACAGUUCAUCUUGAGCCAGAAAUCGGUUUAAGAAUUGAACAUUCACAGAAUCUUAAAACAUUAAGCGUAACUGUUUUAGGCGCAAGACAUUUACCUCAGACCUUUGGCUUUACACGAGUUAAUAGCUAUUUAGUAAAGGUAAAAUUGUUGCCAGGAAAAGAAAAAUAUGAAACGACAACAAAAAACGAGUCCUGGCCUCAAUGGAAUGAAGAAUUUGUUUUUAAUCUUCGAAAGGAAACCAAAUCUAAGUUUGGCAAAACUAAGGUUGUGGACGAAGAGCUAGGUGGAUCUAGGUUCAUUGUGGCCACUCUAUAUGCUAUUUUAGAAGACAAGCCAUUAGUUGCGACUGAAAAAAAAGAAAAUGAGGAGAAAACUAAAACAAAAGAAAAAAAUUCCUUGACCAAAAAAAGUGGGAAAAAGAAAGAAGAUAAUUGUGGAUCUUCUACUACUCAGGAUUCAAAUAAAAAUAAAUUUUUCAGUCAAAUAUUCAGCAAAACAACAGACAAAGUUGCUGAUCAAAAUUCUCCAGAAAGGAAAAUUUUCGAUAAGAGACGAGUCAUUGGAGCUACAAAUGUUCCCCUUGAUUCUAGAAAUUUCAUCACGAAACCAAUUAAAGCCAAACAUCAAAAUGAUGUGUCAACUGGCGAUAUGUGGAGAACACUGAAAGCCAUUUCUAGCGGAAUUACUGGAGCUGAAGACCGGCGAGAGAAUAAGAAAGGACAAGUUGAGAUCUCCUUGUGUCAAGAGAAAAGCGAUAAGAAAGAUGGAAGUGGAGAAUCCUUGGUGCUAACUCUGCUCCGAUUGAGAUGCUCUAUGCAAACAAUGCAUGAACAUGAAAUGCUAAGAGGGCAAAUGUAUAUUAAAAUGUCAGUUAUCGAGGGAGGUAAAGUGACUCAUUUUUGGAAAAGCAAUCGCUUUACACCCUGUAUUUCCUUAAAGUUUGCACCUGAAAUGGCUAAAGUAAUUGCCGAAAACCCUUAUGAAGGUGCUCUGAAGGAUGUCAGUUUUGUAAUAAAAUUUAUUUCAAAAAACAAGCUUGGAAAAAAAACUACAGUUGGACACUUUGCUAUUGGCCCAGAAGUUGGAGGAACUUAUAGUGACCAAUGGAAACAAGCUCUCGCAAAACCAGGCAAUCAAAUAAUAAAAUGGCAGUCUUUCGAAUAAAACAUCUUGUGGCAUGACAAAGAAACUUACAUCAUGCAAAUAUUUUUAUAUUACAAAUUUUUAGAUUUAUAAAAAGUAAAUCGAGAAAAUACUCUCAUAUUCUUAAUUAUAUUUUUUAUUAACUUUUUUGCAUUUUUAUUUAUAUAAUAUAAAUAAACUGUGCUACCUUUAAAGUUUUCACUCUGAAUUUUAUACAUAGAGAUGCAUGAACGUGUAAAUGAACAUGUUAAAGAACAGUUUUUCUAAUAUUCGUUUUCUCGAAAAUUGUUUUUUAUUUUUUGCAAAUUUUAAAGUGCAACUUAAAAUAAGGAAAAUUUCAUUUGUUUUUAUUUUCAGUAUACUCUUUGGCAUUCGACGUAUGCUUCUUUAAUAAUUGUAGUUAGGAGAGGGCCCCAAGAUUUUUUACUGAUGUAGUUUGUUUAGAUGAAGCUUAUUUUAUAUAAACAAAAAGCGAAAACAAUUAUUUUUCUUCUUAUAACUCUGAGCCUGAUAUUCGAAAUUUUUUAUUUUCCUACUUCAAAACUGUGUAGUUAUCAAUCUGGAGAAUUGAAAUCUGUCGAUAUAGAUACCGACAGUUCUGAUCGUUAUUUGACAUUCUUUGUAUAGCCAUUAAAAUUAUUUUUUUUUAAAUGCUAUUUAAUUUAUAACAGUUAAAAUUGUUAGAACUUUCAAAAAAUAUAAUAAAUUACAUGAUGUUCAGUUUUUAUUUUACCCGUUUUUCAAUGCAUUCUAUGAUGGUGUCCAUCUUAGGGACAUUUCGAUUUUUUCAAAUCGAAAUUUCCAUUUUUAAAAAAUAUUUGUUUGCAAAUUAAAAUUUUUUCUUUAUGGCCAAAAGAUACCUUAUUUGUGUAACUUUCAUACGAUAUGCACCAUUUUUAAAUAUUUGUGUUCUAGAGCAGAAAAUCAAAACUAUAUAUAUCUUGGGGCCCUCUCUCCUAAAUUAUUUUUAGUGAAAUUGUAAAUAGUUAAAUAAAUAAUAAAUAUGGCAUAACUAAUAGAAAAUAGAAAUAAAAAAUUUCACACGCCGAUGGAUUUUUGCAUUUUAAACAUUCAUUCAUUCAAUCAGAGGGGAAAAUCAAUCUACCUACACAGCACAUUAUAUUUCCUAAACAUUUCAUGAAUAUUUCAUUGAAAGAUUUGAAAUAUUUCAAUGCAAGGUUCAUGAAAUGUUGAGUAAAACAGGAAAAUGUCCGCCUAUAAGAAAUAUUGCCGUGCAAUUUUGCUGAAAUAUUACACUUUAAUACUCCUGCAAUAUUACACAUGAAAACUCUGCAAUAUUCAGGAAACAUUUCAAAAAAAGUUAGAAACUUUUUUAAAAUAUGAAAUCAAUCGUUAUUUUCUAACAUGUUCAACACCUUAGGAUCCUGGAAAAUUAAAAACUACUGCGCAGCUGUACAGGCCAUAGAAACUGAGAUCGACCAGUGCGCAGCAUUUAAAUGGAAUUUUUCUAUAAUAUUUUAAUGAAAUAUUUCAGCAACAUUACACGGCAAUAUUUCUUAUAGGCGGACAUUUACCUAAUUUCAGCAAUAUUUCAAGGACUUCGCAUUGGAAUAUUUCAAAAUUUCAAUGAAAUAUUUCAGAAAUAUUUAGGAAAUUUCAUGUGCUGUGUGGGUAGGUAAAAUAUUGAAGAUGCCGCAACAAAUCAACAUGUUUAGCAUGAGAAUAACAGAAAAUUUAUGUCUAACUUUGCACAUGUGGAACAAAUUUCACGAUAUCUCGCUUAAAUGAUCAUCUAGGAUUUUAAAUCAAACAGAUUUGCAAUGUCCAAACCUCCCUCACAGCAUGGUAUAUCUAGUGAAUUUCCCUUUUUUCAUCCCGCGAUGUCCCUGAGAUAGCCCACUGCAUGGAAAGAAAUUUAGUAGCAAUAUUUGAUAAAUCUGAUAGGAAAUUUUAGUAUUCUCUUUUUCAAACGCGGAACAUUUGGGUUUGAUAACGAAAAUCGGUAUAUUUUUACCAAUAGUCUUUUUAGUAAAUAUAUUCCAGAAAUUGAAAUUAUUAUUUCGUAAAUUGAUAAAUUUAUACGAAAAACCAGAAGUAAGUUAAACCGACGCGCACUUCGUUAUUUACUAAAUUUAUAUGAAAAUUUGGAAAGAUUAUUUCGAAAUUUGUUAAAACUAUACUAAAAAUUCGAAGUGGUUCAGUCGUGACAGAUGACGACAGAAACACCAAUAGAUUCUACGCCAAAGUUUUAUCUCUUUCUCAUCUCGAGGAUAGAGGAGGAUAUGAACUUUUAAAUGCACACACACACACAUACACCGCAUUGUUUUACAACGAUUGGCUUAUUUUUAUUCCUAACCUAUACAGAAUAACGCUUCAUAUACAAAUUUAAUAUAUCAAAAUCUGAAAUAAUUAUAUCAUUUUAUACAAUUCUAAUUACGAAAUUUGAAAUAUUUGGUUAGAAAAAUUAAUAAAGAGCUUAUUAAAAUGUGACAUUUUUGUGUUACAAUAAAAAGAUUUCAGAUUUCGUAAAUAUUAUAUCAAAUUUUCUUUCCAACUAUAUUAAAUGUUCUUAUUUUAAUCUCCGAAAAUCGUUUUCAUGCCAAAAUGUUCCGCAAUCACGGUAAACUUGGUUGUAUCUUUUUCUAUUGCAACGUUUUGAUGCAUAUAAGUUAUAUCAAAAAGAGAUCGUUUUGUGUAUCAUUUUUAGAAAUGAUACACGAAACGGUCUCAUUUUUUGAUGCAAAAAAUUUAAUCAAUUUAUAUCAAUCAUGGCCGAAUUGAAUCGACUCAAAAUUAAACGAAUUUUUUUCAGAUAUUUUGGUAAUAUUACAAUUGCGGAGACCAUUUCACUAUUUAAUUUGAAAAUGAAAAUAACAGAAAAUCAAAGACAAUGUGCAAUUUAAAGAAAAUCAAAGACAAUACUUUUACGAUACUUUUAGGAAAACAGUGAUUGUAAUCAAAUAUACUAAAAAGUAACACCAUAAUAUCAAAUAUUGCUACAAACUUUCUUUCCGUGUGGAUGGAAAUUUGGAUAUCCAGGGAUAUCUUUAGGAUAUCCAAAUUUCCGCUCUGUGCGAUAUCCCACUGGAUAUCCCUGAGAUUUUCACACAGCUGAUAAAAUGUAUACAGUGUAAACGUUUCCGGAACGUCUUUCCAAAAAUACUUAAUGUAAAUCAUUUAUUGCAAUGCAAUAUAAAGCUAUGUUUAUAUGUUUGAUGGAAAGAGAAUUUAAUAAAAAAUGUAUUAUGAUUAUAA